AGAAGAAAAUGUUAUUCGGGUCAUUCGUGCGGUGCGGCGCGGUGAAAACAAACAUCGUUAACAAAUUUUGAUCUGAUUAUUAAUCUCGCAAAGUAACGGAAAUUUACAAUAGAUUUCUGCAUAGUUUUAAGCCUCCAGUUAAACAAAAUAUCUCGCAAUGGACAAAGAUUCGUCAAGGAUAUUGUCUAUGAACAAAACGUUGGAAGAGGUCCGAGCGCUAAAUGCCAAAAACGAUAAACUUCUCAAAGACUUCGGCAUCGACCUCACCAACCUGAGCGAUGCAGCACAAGAAGCACUGGAUGAUUAUGCGAAAAUCAAAUACCUUACCGGCCUCACGGAAAUGGAUCAAUCCUUCGUAGAUGGCUACUGCUACCAGGAGCAAGCCAAACGACUAGAAGCACGCCUCCAGGCACUUCCCCUCAAAGCCGACAUCAAGAAGCUAAAAGCAGCCAUCAAACGGGAGCAGACCGACCUCGCCAAACUGGAGCGGUUCGUGGAGGAAACCCAAUCCCAGCUGGUUCCGGCCGAUGAAAUGGAGAAGAUGCGCGUCACCCGCGAGAUGCAGAUCGAGAUGCUGCGGCGCAAACAGAGGCCUCUCAUGGAAAAAGCAGACGCCAUAAAUCUUGACGAGCUAAUUGCCAAGGUCGAUGCACUGGAGGCCGAGGAGAAUCAUUAAAUGCGUUUUUUAUCAGCUGAAUGAAUGUGCUCUGUAGUGUGAUUCCCCUUGUGGGACGUGAACAGGUCAGCUCAAAUAUUUAUAUCACUUCCUUUCUGGCAGUAGUUGUUCCAUAUGAGUCGCGUGUAGCUAUUUACCUAUAAAAUCAAGAGAUUGGAAUGUGAGAAAAAUAAACCAUUUUUUUGUCACAUUAGA